AUGUUGGGGAAGAGUAAGAGAUGUGAAGAGAAGACUGGACCACAUGUCUACAUCAACCUGCAGAGGAUUGGAGACGUCCAGCAGCUGAUCGGUAAUCCAGAAGAAGUUUCCCCUCAGUUAGGGGGGAGCUCCACUUUGAAGCAGGAGACUCCACAACCACCCUGCAUUAAAAAGGAAGAGGAGGAACUCUGCAUCACUCAGGAGGGAGAGUGUCUUCUAGGACGAGAGGAAGCUGAUUACACCAAGUUUCCACUGAGUAUUCUCUCUGUGAAGACUGAAGAUGAUGAAGAGAAACCACAAGUAGACAACCUCUUAGCUCCACUAUCAGAUAGUGAGGCUGAAGACGAGGUUGAAGAACCUUUGAGCAGCGAUACAGACUGUGAAGGUGAUAUGAGGACUCAUACUGACAACAAACACUCUGAAUGCUCUUCAAAGAAGAGAGGUAAAACAUGUUUGAGCUGCUCAGUUUGUGCUGAAAGUUUUACUACAAAACCCAAUUUGACUCGACACAUGAGAACACACACAGGUGAAAAACCAUUUAAUUGUUCAGUUUGUGGCAAAAGCUUUUCUCAAAAUGUCAAUUUGACUCGACACAUGAAAACACACACAGGUGAAAAAACAUUUAAUUGUUCAGUUUGUGGUAAAAGCUUUUCUGUAAAUAGCAUUUUGACUCAACACAUGAGAACACACACAGGUGAAAAACCAUUUAAUUGUUCAGUUUGUGGCAAAAGCUUUUCUCAAAGUAGCAAUUUGACUCAACACAUGAGAACACACACAGGAGAAAAAACAUUUAAUUGUUCAGUUUGUGGCAAAAGCUUUUCUCAAAAUAGCAAUUUGACUAAACACAUGAGAACACACACAGGUGAAAAAACAUUUAAAUGUUCAGUUUGUGGCAAAAGCUUUUCUCAAAAUAGCCAUUUGACUCAACACAUGAAAACACACACAGAUGAAAAAACAUUUAAAUGUUCAGUUUGUGGCAAAAGCUUUUCUCAAAGUAGCUCUAUGACUCAACACAUGCGAACACACACAGGUAAAAAAACAUUUAUUUGUUCAGUUUGUGGUAAAAGCCUUUCUCUAAAUUGCCGUUUGACUGAACACAUGAGAACACACACAGGUGAAAAACCAUUUAAUUGUACAGUUUGUGGCAAAAGAUUUUCUCAAAAUAGCGAUUUGACUCAACACAUGAGAACACACACAGGUGAAAAACCGUUUAAUUGUUCAGUUUGUGGCGAAAGGUUUUCUCGAAAUUGCCGUUUGACUGAACACAUGAGAACACACACAGGUGAAAAACCAUUUAACUGUUUGAUUUGUGGUGAAAACUUUUCUAUUAAGAACCGUUUGACUGAACACAUGAGAACACACACAGGUGAAAAACCAUUUAGUUGUUCAGUGUGCUGUCAAAGGUUCCCACAUAAUGCAGACGCAGUAAAACACAUAAGAACACACAAGGCAAAAUAACCAAUUACCGGUAGCUGUUUAGUUUGUGGUAUGUUGCUCGUACUCUCCCAACUGCGCCACGCCGUCCCCAGGUACACGGUAAAGCGGGGCUGUGACUCCUCCCCCUCCACCCAACGUAAAACAGGAGUAAAAUAAGCAAUCAGUAACCCCACUUAAAAUGCAGCAUGAGACACUGCACACUGAUAUAGUUCUGUGAAAAUGAUUGUCUUCUGUGCAAAUGUAAAGAAAGUGAACAGUGUGUGAUUUACUGCAAUACUGUCAGUCUUUUAACUUUUUAUUUGUAGUUGAUACAUGUUUUUUUUCCCCAUGCUUUAUUUUGUAUUUUCUUCCAUCCUAGAUGGGCUGUGAUUUAAAGCUUACUUGUUUUGUAGAAACACUGAGAGUAAGUCAUAGUUCAUUGUGUUCUUCAAAGUAUUUUUGUAACUGCACCUUAUUUUUCCUCAGAAUUUUCCACUAACUUGAAGUGUUUUGUCAAGAACAUUAUUCAUGAUAUGUACAUUUUCAGAAUGUGCUUGUUCUAUUUUGUU